UCUUUUCAGGCCCCCAUCUUCGGCCCUAAGCGUUUGCAAUACAGGCUGUUUAUAUGAUAGCAUCUUUCACUAUCUCACUGAUCUAGCACAUCAUUCUGUCUUAAUCGCAGUUCUAAAGGCUCGCCAGAAUGUCUAUCGAUCAGGAUCUCUCUCACGUUCAAUCCCUCCUCGACCCCUCCGAAGUCAUACCACCCACCUCUCCCCUCUACGGACCAAACGCCCAAGGAUGGGCGGUCCAGAAGGACCUCCACCCUCGCCUCGUCGCAGUACCCACUUCCCCGGAGUCUCUGGCAAGGCUCAUCGCCCACUUGUACAAGUCCCACUUGCACUUCGGGAUCCGCGGUCAGGGCUUCCUGUCGGCCUCCGCCAAGGAUGUGCUCGUCAGCAUGACCGCCUUUGACGAGUUCCACUUCGACCCCCACGCGGAGGUGGCAACGGUCGGCGCGGGCCAGACAUGGGGCGCCGUCUACCGGAAGCUGAAGGAAGCCGCACCAAGUUACGCAAUCGUCGGAGCCCGCACUCCGGCCAUCAGCGUCGGUGGCACGGUCGUCACGGGCGGACUGUCCUGGCUGUCGGCCGAAUACGGGUGCAUAUCGGACCCGGAGAACAUGCUCGAUGCGCAGGUCGUCAAGUCCGAUGGGUCUGUUGUGUGGGCGAGCACGGAGCCGGAUCUUCUGUGGACGAUGCGCGGUGGGGGUGGAGGAUUCGGCGUUGCCACGAAAUUCCUCUUCCGAGUCCGACCCUACCCCCAGGCCAUCUGGGCGGGUCCCAUCCUCCUCCCCCGCCAGCAGCUCCCCACAGUAGCAACACGUCUGGAGGCCUUCCUGGCUAGCAACCCUGACCCGCGAGUGAGCAUGUUCCUCUACAUCAUCAGGAAGAAUCUCCUCGAGACGAUCGGCGCCUUCCAGGACAUGCUAGUCGUGCACGCCUACGACGCUAACGGCGAGGAGCACGGCCGGGAAGCCUUCAAGUGGGCGCUGGAUAUACCGGGGGCGGUUGACCAGACGGGCGUCACAGACAUGGAGGGUGUGACCAAGUUGCAGCAAAACGUAGACAAAUCCAAAGGCACCAUGAGACAAUACUGGGCCCCACUAUUUCUCAAAACCCUAUCCGCAGCGACAAUCACCCGCGCGAUCGAAUUAGUGGACGAGCUCGCCAAGCAGGAUUCGGCUGUAUCAGAUUGCACGUAUUUGAUCUUCGAGCUUUUCGCCUUGUGCGACGCAAAAGGAUCCUGCGCAUGGCCGCGCCCACCAGGCGCCAAGCACGUCAUCCUCAUUGGGGCUGGAUGUCCGGCGAAUGCGAGCGCGGGGCAGGAGGAGAUGGCUAGGAACUUGGCGGAGGACGCGUCGGAGAGGAUACUGGGGAGUAGGACGGUGAACUUGUUGGCGAAUGGGGGGGAGGAGUUUCAUGAUCCUGUUAUGAUAUGGGGAGAGAAUCUCGACCGACUACGCCAGUUGAAGAAGGUGUAUGAUCCUAAUGGGAGGUUCCAGGGGCCGAUUAGGGCUUAACGCUGCACGGACUGGACGUCUGCAUUGAAAACGUGGACAUGUUUGGACAUGCGAGAUUCAAUAUCUGCCUAUCAUGUAGUUGCUAAUCAGGUAGGCCACGUAAAUUGACCAUGAUUGUGUCGAUCUGUCGCGAGGACAUUACAAGAUAGCUAGUAGGAUGUGCCGUGCACAUUACUACGCUGCUUGAUACGGC